AUGGCUGUUUACACCUCGCUUGUGAUGCUGGUUCUGGCGGCGGCUGAUUUCGAAUGGAUGGUAGCUGAAGGCUAUUCCUGCAGCACGGCGGAGAAUCGCCAGGACUGCGAAUGUUGGUUUUGCCUUAAUGCGGCGGUGGAUAUGUUUUCCAAGAACUAUCCUGCACGGUCUGAUUGCUUGUCCUCCUUCCUUGGAGGGUUUGCUCCAGAUUUUGUGGAUAAGCCUAGCCCACCGAUGCAAUCCCGCAGCAUUGGCAGAGCAUGUGACGAGCAUUUCGCGGAGGCAGUCUGGCACUAUUCUCAGUGCAUGUGCCCGUUGCUGGAAGCUCACUUCGACGAUGUGGCAGAAUACUGCUCAGACCAGUGCACUGGGCCACUCAUGCCCCGGCCCGAAGAAGAUGCGGUCGAGAAAACCAUCGGCACCGUCUUAAAUGUCUUCGGCUUGGAUACUGUGUGCCCUUUAAAGGUCAGCUGCGCCUUGUCAGCUGGUCCGGCUCGUCCUAGCAGCCCCUCGCGACAUCAUGCGUCAGAUGCCAAAUCAAGCGUGGACCUUCACCUAAAAAUGGGAGUCGCUGUGACAGAUUCAACCGAGGGUAAGCAGUACACCUACUCUAUGGAAGCCACUGCUCAAACCAGCUAUGCGCAGAUGACUUCUGCUGCCUGGACUGUUAUUGCUGGCAUUAUGCCAACACUUCUUUGA